AACAGGCAUUUAUGGAUGGAUACUACAGUUGAAGAGUUCUUAAGCAGUUACAGGACUCAAACCCCAACAAGGUACUCUUAUUCUCAAAUCAAGAAGAUGACUAACAGUUUUAAAGAAAAAUUAGGGGAAGGAGGCUUUGGCUCAGUGUUCAAAGGAAAGCUCAUAAGUGGAGGUCUAGUUGCAAUAAAAAUGCUUGGAAAAUCCAAAGCAAAUGGGCAAGAUUUCAUCAAUGAAGUUGCUAUUAUUGGAAGAAUUCAUCAUGUGAAUGUUGUCCGACUUAUUGGGUUUUGCUCUGACGGAUCAAAAAGAGCUCUUAUCUAUGAAUUCAUGCCCAAUGGGUCUUUGGAUAAGUAUAUAUAUUCCAAAGAAGGCGUCGAAAAUUAUUUAAGUUGGGAAAAGAUAUAUGAGAUUGCGUUAGGGAUAGCUCACGGGAUUGAAUAUUUGCAUCGAGGUUGUGACAUGCAGAUUCUUCACUUUGACAUUAAACCUCAUAACAUUCUUCUUGAUGCGAAUUUUCAACCUAAAAUUGCAGAUUUUGGACUUGCAAAAUUCUACCCAACAAAUGAAAACGCAGUGUCAGUCACUCGUGCUAUUAGAGGAACGAUAGGGUACAUUGCCCCCGAACUAUUUUACCCUAACAUUGGAGGCGUGUCAUACAAAUCUGAUGUUUAUAGUUUUGGAAUGAUGCUGAUGGAAAUGGCUGGCAGAAGGAAAAAUUUGAAUGCCGUUGUAGAGCAAACAAGCCAGAUUUACUUCCCAUCAUGGGUUUACAACAGGCUUGAACAAGGGGAAGACAUGGAAUUGAAAUAUAACACAGAAGAUGAAAAGGAAAUAGCAAAGAAGUUGAUAGUAGUGGCAUUAUGGUGCAUUCAACUAAAGCCUGUGGAUCGUCCUUCUAUGACCAAAGUUAUGGAGAUGCUAGAAGGGAGUCUGGAACUCUUAGAAAUGCCACCCAAGCCUUUCUUAUCUCCUCAAGAAUUAGUCGAGAUAUGCGUAAACUGGCUCGGACACCUUGGUUAA